UUCAAUUUUCCAACUCAGGAGGGAGAGUCUAAAAGAAGAGCUAUCUGGGUUCUGAGCUGUCAAAAACUCUGUAAGGACCCCAUCGAGCUUGCUCUGCAGCAGAGGCUGGGAUCUGCUCUCCUCAGAGCCUCUACUCCACCGAUUCUCCGCUCUUUCUGUCUUGCACACCAGCCAAAAAUAAAAGGGGGGGGGGAAGAGUUGCAAACAACUGAAAAGUUGGAGAGGAGGCUUGCCAGAUCUGAUGGUGACGUGGGCUGCAAGCUCCCUGCUAGUUUGCUUGCUUGCUGGGGACUCGAUUGCUCUCCAACGCUCCUCUUCCCCCACUGCUUAGGAAUAUGGCCAGCUGUGUGUAGCACCUCCGACAGGUGCAGCAUUCCCAGCAGUGCCUGCCUGGGCUACCAAAGACCCACCAUGUGGGGAACCCCUUUUUCCAUCUUGUGCUUGUUUGGCAUUGUCUUUGGCACCAGCAGAGGAGGGAAAUUGCUUGCUCCUCAGGAAGGCGAGAAAUGUCCACAAAUGCAAAAGGAAGGUCUCCGGCUGGACCAGACUAGUGACCAAUAUGUAAACAUAACUGGAUUUAAUCUAAUUAAAAGGUUUGCUCUGCUGAAGACCUCAGCCAUUAAGAAGAUCCGCAACCCCAAAGGCCCAAUGAUCCUGCGACUGGGCAGCACCCCUCUGGUCCGACCGACAGAACAGCUGUUCCCCCGGGGCUUGCCUGAUGAAUUCACCCUGGUGGUUACUCUACUCUUGAAGAAACAGACCAGCAAAGAGAACUGGUACCUCUUCCAGGCCACCGAUCGUCAGGGGUACCCCCAGCUCUCCCUGGGGAUCAACAGCAAAGAGCAGAGCCUGGAGUUCCAAGCCAAGGGUCAGGACAAGGAGUUUGUCAGCGCCAUCUUUGCCGGAAAAGGGGUCUCUGCCCUUUUCGACUUGAAAUGGCACAAAAUGGUCCUUAGCAUCCAAAGCCAGGUGGUUUCCAUCCACAUCGACUGCAGCUACAUCUCAUCCAAGCCACUGCAACCCCGCCGGAGCCUGGCCAGGGAAGGCAACGCGUUUGUUGGAUUGGAUGCCGUGCAGGGUGCUCCUGUCACAUUUGACAUUCAGCAGCUUCACAUUUAUUGCGACCCAGCCAUGGCAAUGCAUGAGGGAUGCUGUGAGAUCUCUGAUAACGGGUGCUUUCCCGAAGCAUCUAAAACUCGCCGGGAUGUGGAAGUCAUGCAGAGCAAUGACCUGAUAGAGAUCAACCCUCAGACUGAAGGCAAGGUCUACACCCGCUGCUUCUGCUUGGAGGAGACCCAAAGCAAGCAGGAGGAGGUGAGAUCUUCUGGAAAGGUUGAUGUAAAAGAUGGCCAAGGUGACAAGUGUCCCCCAUGCUCACAGAAGUCACAGCUUUCAAAUGCCACACUGGGUCCACCGGGCUUAAAGGGUGGGAAAGGCGAACGUGGACCACCAGGCGUCUACGGAUCCAAAGGGGAGAAAGGCGAUCGUGGUGCUGACUGUGUCCGGAUCUCACCUGAAGCCCCAUUACAGUGUGCUGAAGGCCCACGGGGGGAGAAGGGAGAUCAAGGAGAAAAGGGACCUCCGGGAUUGGCUGGAACAGUUGGACAAAAGGGGCAAAAGGGUGAUAAGGGCGACUUUGGUCUUCAAGGAAAACCAGGAAGCCCAGGGCGUGAUGGCCGGCCUGGGGAGAUUUGCGUGGUGGGACCCAAAGGCCAGAAGGGCGACCCAGGGUUCGUGGGUCCUGAAGGUCUCGCUGGGGAACCAGGACCCCCAGGCCGGCCGGGUCCACCUGGAGUUGGCCUGCCAGGAAAACCAGGUGAUCCCGGUGGCCCACCAGGUCCCAGAGGAGAGAAGGGGAGCUCAGGACCUCCAGGGCCAGGCGGUUCAAGUGGAAAGCCAGGAAAACCCGGGGUCCCAGGCCUGAAAGGAGACAAGGGGGACCCAUGUGAAGUCUGUCCCACCAUCUCUGACGGGAACAAUGCAGUCAGCCUCCCUGGGAAACCGGGGCCCAAAGGGGAGCCUGGACCUCCAGGGAAACCGGGCAAAUCGGACAAGCCUGGCCCUCCAGGAUCCAAAGGCAGCAGGGGGGACCCUGGGAUCAAUGGAAUUAAAGGGGAGAAGGGAGAUCAAUGUCAGUCAUGCAGCCCUGCAGCCCUGCAGCUUCAGAAAGGAGCACCCAAAGGAGAACCAGGACCACCAGGGAUUGGCCUGCCUGGCCUUCCCGGCAAAGAUGGCCUUCCGGGGCUGUCUGGACUCAAAGGAGAAAAGGGAGAUACUGGAGCUGUAGGACCUGCAGGCAAAGCUGGAGUCCGAGGGACCAAAGGGGACACUGGAGAUUCAGGAGUCAAAGGCGAAAAGGGAGAACCUUGUACCGAGUGCCCUGCCUCUCUGGAAGGUCGGGAGACCAUGGUUUCCAUUCCGGGGCCUCCAGGAGAGAAGGGUGAGCCAGGGCUUCCUGGUGCUGGGCUACCUGGAAAACCAGGGAAACCUGGGGAAUCUGGAACGAAAGGUCAGAAGGGUGCUUCAGGAAGCCCAGGCGAUCCUGGCAUACCAGGCACAGCAGGUUUGCCUGGUCUUUCUGGUGAACCUGGAGUCAGCGGUCCAUCAGGAGCUAAAGGUGAAAAGGGUGAUGCUUGUGACUCCUGUCCCACCCUCAAUGGAGACCUCUCUGGUGCAGUUGGGAUCCCAGGAAAACCAGGUUCAAAAGGAGACCGUGGACUUCCAGGUGUGGGACAGCCAGGCAAACCUGGAAAACCAGGACUUCCAGGAGUUCAGGGACCUCCUGGCUUGAAAGGACUACAGGGGGAGCCAGGUCCUCCUGGGAUAGGAAUCCAAGGUCCAGAAGGGGAAAUUGGGCAGAAAGGCUCACCUGGCAAUCCUGGACCCCCAGGACCUCGAGGGCCACCAGGAAAUGUUGGGGGAAAGGGGGAAAAGGGCUCCCCGGGUCUUAAAGGUGCCAUAGGACCCACUGGGCCUCCAGGUGCCAGUGUUACUGGCCCACCAGGCCGAGAAGGCCAGCAGGGCCUCCCGGGAGUUCCUGGAUCCGAUGGUUCAAAGGGUGAAAGGGGAGCCAGAGGAGAGAAGGGAGAUUCUGGUGAGUGCAGCUGCCAGCCCGGCCCUCGCGUGGACUCAAGCAACAUUGGUCUUCCGGGUGCCCCAGGACUGUGGAUCGGGACUUCCUGGCAGCCUCAGCCGGGCCCUCAGGGACCGCCAGGUGUUCCAGGCCCUCCAGGCCCACCAGGAGCUCCUGGGAGGCAGGGCAUCCCAGGACACAAUGGCUUGCCGGGACUGCCUGGGACGGUGGGAGACUUGGGACCACUGGCUGCUGAGAGCAUGGCUGUCCUUAAGAACAUUUGUGGAGACUGUGCUAACAUACAAGCUUCCCAAGUCCCCGGCACAACCAAAGGCGAAAAGGGUGACCAAGGCAUGCCGGGAGCCCCUGGCAUAGAUAAUUGUGCACGGUGCUUUGCUCUUUACCCCAGAGCAGAAGAGGCUCCGAGCGAUAGUAGCAAUGACCAAGAUUGUGCUGGAGGUCCUGGCCAUCCUGGAAUCCCCGGAUUACCUGGAGAGAGGGGGGAACAGGGCCUACCAGGCCCAAGAGGAUCUCCUGGACCAAUUGGCCCCCCAGGUUUUCCUGGAACGCCUGGCGCACCUGGAUUACCUGGUCUGCAAGGUGAACGUGGCUCACCUGGCCCCCCUGGAUCCAAGGGAGAAUCGGGUCCCCCAGGUCAGCCUGGAUAUCCUGGCUCAAUGGGUCCUCCUGGGCUACCUGGUGCUAAAGGAGAACGAGGAUACAUGGGGUCAUCUGGAGAGAAAGGGGAAUCGGGUCCUCCAGGCUUGGAUGGUCCUGCAGGGCCCCCUGGACCAGCGGGUCCAAGAGGAGAACGAGGACUACCGGGCAGUGGAGGAGAAAAAGGCGAUCAGGGAUUCCAAGGUCAACCUGGUUUCCCAGGACCACCUGGGCCGCCAGGCUUCCCAGGGAAAGCAGGACCACCCGGACCUCCAGGGCCUCCAGCAGAGAAGGGUAGUGAUGGGAUGCGUGGCUCUCCUGGCAUGGCGGGCCCCCCAGGGCCUCCAGGACCCCCUGGGAUACAAGGUCCACCUGGUUUGGAAGGACUAGAUGGGAAGGACGGAAAGCCGGGGCUACGGGGGGACCCAGGCACUGCAGGACCUCCAGGAAGGAUGGGACCUCCAGGCUUCAAGGGGAAAACAGGUCACCCCGGUCUCCCAGGACAAAAGGGUGACUGUGGCACUGCAGGGCCACCUGGGAAUCCUGGCCGGACUGGAGUCGAGGGAGAGCCAGGCCCUAUGGGACCUCAAGGCAGACCAGGUCCUCCCGGCCACCUUGGUCCCCCUGGAAGCCCUGGCCAGCCAGGCCCAGCAGGACUUUCCGGAGUUGGGCUGAAGGGUGAAAGGGGAUCGCCUGGGGAAAGAGGUCUCAGUGGGAUUCCAGGCCAGCCAGGCCCACCGGGUCACCCAGGCCCACCGGGCGAGUCAGGCUCAGAUGGACAAGUGGGCAAAGAGGGUGCAGCAGGAAAACCAGGCCCUCCUGGACCCUCUGGACCAAAAGGUGAACCGGGGUCUGUAGGGGAGAGAGGACACCCUGGUGAGAAAGGCAGAGCUGGGAUGCCAGGAGGGCCAGGAAAGAGUGGCGAGAUGGGUCCUAUUGGGCCACGCGGCCCCUCUGGGGAGAGAGGGCAGCCUGGUCCUCCCGGUCCCUCAGGAAGUCCAGGGAACCCAGGAUUGCCUGGGACCAUGGCGGAUGCCAUCAAUUAUGAUGAAAUCCGGAGGUUCGUCAGACAAGAACUGCACAAAAUGUUUGAUGAGCGGAUGGCAUAUUACACCUCCCGGAUGCAGUUCCCAGUGGAAGUGGCUGCCCAGCCAGGAAGACCAGGACCCCCUGGUAAAGAUGGUAUGCCUGGACGGCAAGGGUCUCCGGGUCCCCCAGGAAUGCCAGGACAGAUUGGGAGAGAGGGUCGACAAGGUGUGCCUGGAAUGAGAGGUGAGCCAGGAGCCAAAGGUGAAAAGGGAGACAAAGGGAUUGGAAUCAUGGGAGAGACUGGCCCUCCGGGUUCUCCAGGGAUCCAAGGACCACCAGGGUAUGGCAAGAUUGGUCUUCCGGGACCUAUGGGACAGCAGGGCAUCCCAGGCAUCCCAGGCCCCCCAGGGAUUACAGGGCCGCCUGGAAAAACAGGUCACUGCAACCCUUCAGAUUGCUUCGGCAUGAUGCCUCUAGAACAGCCAAUGUAUCAGCCCAAAAACAUGAAGGGGCCUUUAGGCUGAAGCACUGGCAGGUUUUCUUCCACAAAGGACUCCAUUGGAAUUCGCCAAAGUUCUGGUCCUUGUGACUAGUCGUGAAUGAUUAUUUUUUCAUUGUUGUUAAUAUUUUGACUAUAUUUUUUCUUUGCAGUGGGGGCUCAACCGUUCAUAAUAAUAUUUUGUUUUUGUUUUGUUUCAAAGACAAUGAUCCAAGCAUGUGUGGCUGUGUGUAUGUUUGCCUCAAUAUUCUAAAGAGAAGUUGAUUUUGUCAUCUGUGUUCAGCAAAAUACAUUUCAAAAUAAUGCUUCAGUCUUUCCAUUGCUGUGGGCAAAUAAUGGGUAAUUAUUUCCACACCUCUUCUGUUCAUUAGGAAUGAAUUAUUAUCCUUUCAACAAUAUAUGCAUGUGCAUAUUCCACCAGGAAAUUCCAGUAGCUGUGCAAAAAAUGUGGAAGUGCUGCUAUUGUUAAGUUCAAAGGAACUUGUGUGAAUUGGCAUCUUUGUCGUAGGUUUAGGUUAAAACUGGAAAGAAUGUAGAGGGGUGGAUAUGGAGGGUGGAGUUCUAAAAUGGAAUUAACAUUGAAAUUCUGUGUAUGCCUACUCUGUAGUAAGCCCCAUAAAUUGACUGGGACUUGCUCGCAGGUGAACAUUGGAGCUGAACAAUACUGAACCUUAGUUAUUCUGUCUGCAGCAAAAAAUAUCAGGCACUCCUGCAUCUAAAAAUAACUGAAAAAUCAGUUCUAUGUGGCACACACACACACACACACACACACACACCAUUUUGUGUAUUAUGAUGUAAUUACGUUUUUGUCCAAAUGAGCAAAACUCUAGUUUCUUCCAUUUCUAUUGUACGUAAUGUGAAACUUGGCCAGGGGCAAGGGAGAGGGAGUAACCUUUUUAAUAUACUGGAAUCAGUGACUUUUCUUUAAUGUUACUGAAACAUCAAUUGUUUACUUUUCAUAAAAUAUAUUUUUCACUAAAAAAAAAAAAAAGACCAAACAAUGCUUAUCCAAAGUUAAAGAUUUUACUGACUGCUGGAAUCUCUGGGCAUUAGAAUUGGGAGAUUUUAGAGUCAGAUGAGAAAUUGCGGUCAAACAUCACUUUUGCUCCCCCUUAAAAUAAACACACCACACCCCUUCAUGGUAACCAACUCUUUCAUGCAAUGGUAGACUGGGGAAAUGUGGAUUUUAAAAAAAUGCUCAAAAAUUCCCCCCUCCCAAAUAUCCUCUUGUUCUUAUGUGCCUUCAGACCUCAAAUUACUUUAUUUUGGAAAUAAGAAUUGGCUACCAAGCAAGCUGUUUGUGUUGCUAUGUAGCUUCUGUCAGCUAUUCCUAGACUUAAAACUAACUAGGUUAGAGGAAUUGUGAGCAUCUCAUUGCAAUAGCAGUUUACAUGAAAUGUGCCCCUUAAUGGUCUUGGUAGAGGAGAGUAAGUAGUGGAGUCUUUCCUCAGCUGAAGAACCUUUCCUAAUGGUUAGCCAUGCUAUUUAAAUAAAUGAUGCCUUGUUUCCUAA